UGAGGCGGGCUCUCACAGCGCGGCCUCGCCCCGCUCCUCGUUCUGUUUCCAUGGCGGCGCUGCCCCGGCUGUAUGAGGAGGCUGCAGCGCUGUCGGGCGCGGUUCGCGGCGCGCUGGGGCCGCGGGGCGGGCGGGCAAUGGUGGUGCGAGCGGACGGGCGGGCGGUGCUGAGCCGGGACGGGCGGCUCCUGCUGGAGGCGCUGAGCCUGCAGCCGCACACGGCCAGGGUGAUGGCGGCCUGCGCCUGCCGCCACCAGAGCGCGACGGGGGACGGCGCCAAGACGUUCGUGCUGCUGCUGGCCGCCGUGCUGGGCGCCAUACGGGACGGCUCCCCGCGGCGGGCGGUGCGGGCGCUGCCGUCCUUCGAGCGGCGGGUGCUGGAUCGAGCCGUGGCGCGGGGCCUGAGGCCGCACCUCCGCAGCGCGUUCCCCGCGGGCGGCCCGGGGGCGGAGCUGGAGCCGGCGUCGCUUUGUGCGCUGCUGGCGGCCCAUCUGCGGGGCCGGCUGGGGCCUGCGGAGCGCCGAGCCGUGGCGCUGCUGGGCUGCGAGCUGUGUGCGCGAUGCGGGGCACGACGCCACACCGAGCUGCGCGUCCUCUGCGGCCGCUUCGCGCAGCUGCACGCCGCCGUGUCCGGGCUGCCCCUCGGCCGCUCCAUGGUGCUGCCCGGCGUCCUGCUCCGCAGGGACUUCGCCGCCUACUGCCCUGCCGGCGGACAACUGCUCGCAGUGCUGGUGACGCGCUGCCUGCGGGCCGCGCUAACAGCCCCAGGUGUGGAGUGCGCCCUGAGCUCCGAGCGGCAGCACCGGGCUGCGCUGCGCUGGUGCAGCGGGAGAACGGAGGCUGUGAUGGAACAUCUGCGGAACAACGGAGUGAGGCUGCUGCUGUCCGGAGUGAAGCAGCACGAGGAGGUUAUCUACUAUGCAAAGUUACACGGGGUGUCUGUGGUGGAGUGUCUGUCAGAGGAAGACGUGUCCCUUAUCUCUGAGAUCACGGGAAUGUCGCCCUAUGACCCUGCUGGUGACAGCCUACAGAAGGAGAUCACGGAGGCUGCGGUGGUAACCUUCUGCCAGCCCUUGCUGCUGGGCUCCCAGCGGUACGUGCACAUCGGCUUCAGCAGCACGGGCGCCUUCCAGCCCCACUGCCUGGUUCUGUGCGCUCCAGUCGAUGCCGUUAACGAGCAGCACGCUGCCGCUCUGCACGGGGCCUUCACCAUGCUGCUGCAGCUCUUCAGAGCGGUGGAUCAGCAGUGUGGAGCUGAGGGUGAGAGCCACAAUGGUGCCUCCGGUGUUGGGAGCGGGUAUUCCCCAGCUACUGAGACGCAGGUUGUGACAGGACAUAUUGCUCCUGGCAGCAGUCAGGUUUCUGAGCAUCAGCUGGGAGCCUGCAGGGGUGAAACAGCAGCACAAAGUUCAGAUCUUGCUUUGCAGGGAAGCAGAUAUCCAGAUCAUGCACCACCAGCCUCAGCCCCUGGCCCACACAGCAAGGAGCCGAAUGCCUGCAGCGAUGGGGCUGGCUCAGCAGGGACACACAAACCACAAACACAGUGUGAGUGUGCAGAUGGGAUGGAUGAGAGCCACCAAAGGCACCCAGCAGUGUGCAGCCACAGGAAUGACAGCACUGCUGUAGCCGGCGCUGCUACCCUGUGUGAGCACAUAAGUGUCGGUAAAGGCCCAGAGGAGGCUGGCUGUGGUGCUGCACAGAGUUAUCCCUGCUCCAUCAUUGAAGCAGGAUCAGUUCUGCCAGUAGGAGGUUACUUUGAAAUCCUGUUACAUUAUUAUAUUCAGCAUUAUGCAAAGCAGGUUCAGCAGUCAGCGGUUACUGUCAUAUCUAAUGUAGUCGCUGAUGCUUUGUUAAGUAUUCCAAAGGCCUUGUAUGGAACAGAACGGAACGGCUUUACCAAGUUUUAUCUCAGAACCACAGAAGCACUCAGGAGGAAUGAGCCCCUGUCUGUGAGUGAGGAAGGCUUGGAGUCGGUUUAUUGCAAAUACCAGCUGGUAACGUCAGUUCUUCAUUGUGUUACAGAGCUUCUCAAUAUUGAUUUAAUCAUUGGCGUUAAGCGGCCACUGCAGAAAAUUGAGGAUAACGAUUCAGAUGAUGAUUUCUGAAAUUGUAAAUAAAAACGUUUUUGAUAAUGC